UAUCAUGAAGUACAGGAUGUGACUUGGUGUGUAGCAUUGAUCCUUAGAGUCAGCCAAGGCGGCGAAAAACGGAAUAUGAAUGAACAGAAAUAAGUUGACCUCGGUGUCCGAGCUGAGGGACAGGCGGGAGAAAAGGACACAGGACGAAGACGUUGGUAAAGCACAGAGCUCUCUGACAGCAAGAGGCAACAGGACAGAAGGAUGAGUUCACUGCCCAGACAGCUGACAGCAGUAUGGAGGUGGAAGAGAAGGUUGGAGGUUUCCCUCGACCCAGCUACUUGCUUUCACUGCAGGACCUUCUGCUCUACAGCUUCAGAAGCAGAUCCCAUAGAGAUCCACAAGAGGAAGCUCUUACUGUGGUUCAGCCACCUUCCUCCAGAAGAGAAACAGUUUGGAGGCUACUUCAGCCCAGAGACCAUGCAUGUGGAUCCACUGAUCCUGGAAACAAAACCUGAGGAGAGAGCAGGACUUCUUAGCUCCCCUCUCCAAACCCAGGCUUCCUCCAGCCCCUGUGUGACUGUGGAGCAGCUGUUUGAUUCCACUGGUGCCCGGAGUGAGGACCGAGGACUCAAUGUGUUGCUGUAUGGUGCUGUGGGAACAGGAAAAAGUACAGUGGUCCGAAAACUGGUGCUGGACUGGUGUGCUGGGACCACCCUGACCCACUUCAAGCUGCUGGUUCCUUUCUCUUGUGAGGACCUCGGCCAACUGACAAAGGUGGCCUCCUUGAGGGACCUGGUGAGCAGGAAGUACCUCCACUUGAGAAAACACCCUCUGCUGAGUGGAGAGGGAGACCAGGCCAAGGAUGUGCUCUUCCUCUUUAACGGGAUGGAAAGGAUGAAACUGGACUUCCGGAUCGGAUCCACAGAGCUCUGCAGCGACCCAAAUGAGCCACUGCCUGCAGGUGUGGUGGUGGUCAACCUGCUCAGGAAGUACCUGCUGCCUGAGGCCAGUGUCUUGGUCACCACCAGGCUGUCUGCCCUGGACCGUAUUCCUCAGAAGUAUGUGAGUAGCUAUGCACAGAUAUGUGGCUUCAGGGACCCGGACCGUCAGCGGGCCUACUUCACCAGCCGCCUACUGCAGCAGAGCGGGGAGACAGCACAGAAGUACGUAGAACUGCUUUACCUCAACCUCCAGAGAGAGAGCCAGCUGGCUGCAGCCUGCUUCAUCCCAUCCUACUGCUGGCUCACAUGUGCUACCUUACACUUCCUGCAUUUCACUAACGCCAAGGCACCCAUCCGCACUCUGACUGGCAUUUACACCAGUUUCCUCAGGCUCAACUUUGGAGGCGAGGUGCUAGGAACAGGAGUAGGAACAAGUGUGCCCACUCAGGAGCCCAACAGCUCUCUGAUGUUGUAUGUAGUCCGUACGGUUGGAAAACUUGCAUUUGAUGGUGUGACAAACAAACGCACGUCGUUCUCAGAAAAGGAGCUGGAGCAGUGGAUAGGAGGGGAGACCAAGACGGAUGAGGAGCUUCGUCAGCUGGCCACGUUCCGAACUGACGUAUUAGACUUCUUCUUAGCUCCCUGUGUUGAGAGUGGCAAGUAUUUACCAGGAGAAUUCAGUGAGAAUAAUGAGAAGAAAUAUGUAUUUGCUGUCCCAGCCAUGCAAGAGUACCUGGCUGCUCUCUAUGUGGUUCUAGGAGAGAAUAAAUCUGCUCUACAGAAGAUGACUAAACAGGUGUCUAUGGCCAUCGGUCAGGCAGGUGAGGAUGUCAGUGCCAUCGUCAACAUCCUCUCUAAGUUCAUCCCCAUCAGAGUCUUUGCUGUCUUCAACCUCCUCAAGCUUUUUCCAACACUCUACGAGAAAAUCAGCAGUCGCACCAAAGGCAGCAUUGCCAGAACCAUGGCAACUGAGCUGUUCCGCACCGAGGACAGCUACAACGAGGAUGUCCUGGAUCAGGUGGAGCAAAGCCUGCUCGGGGUCCAUGGCCCGCAGCCAAAGCAGCACAGUGAGGGCAAGCCUUUCGAGCUCUACCCCAUCUUCAUGGGUGGACUGUUGCAUUAUGGUAACCGAGUCCUUCUCCAGCAACUUGGGUGCAGUAUUAAGAGCACCACUGUGGCCCAGAUCACACAUGCUCUUCGGAAGCACCUUGUCAGAGAGCUCAACAAGCCACAGCCACCAGAGGAACUGAUGGAUCUGCUCGUCCUCCUGUAUGAGUUUCAGAACCCCAGACUCACUGCAGAGGUCCUGGCCUCAAUCAGAGCCAUUCGCCUCCCCAACAUUCGUAUGACAUCACUCAAAUGCUUCGUUUUGAGUACCGUGCUCUCAUGCGCCCCUGCAAGCUAUCAUGUUGAAGAAAUGGACCUGUCCUCCUGUCUCCUGACUCAUGACAUGCUUCAAAUGCUGUGGCCUGCCUUCAGACAUGCACAUGCCCUCAAUCUGCAGUUUAACAGCCUGGGUCCUGACUCCUGCAUCCUCCUGAGAGAUCUCUUACUAGACCCAAAGAGUGCUAUUAAAUCCCUACAAUUGUGUGACAACCCUCUGCUGGAAUCUGGAGCCUGCACCCUUCUAGAGGCCCUGCCAGAGAACCAGUCCCUGAGGCAUCUGUCCCUGAUGCACACUGGCAUGGGGGACAAGGGGGCCCUGCAGCUGGCUGAGAGGCUCCAGCAGCACACCGGGCUCCAGGAGCUCAAUGUGGCCUACAACAACAUUGGAGAUAACGCUGCUCUGGCCCUCGUGGAUGCCUGCAGGGAACACCCCAGCAUUCAUACCGUGCAUUUGUACCUGAACCCUCUCAGUGAUGUGGGGAAGCAGUCCCUGUAUGUCCGAGGCGUUCCUAAGAGCAGUGGCAGCGAGCGGCGGGUCAAGGUCCUGGCUUCAGUUACUGAAGGCUCUGACAUCUCUGAGGGCUGGCACCCCAUCCUGAGAGUGAUACGAGACAAUGCUUCAUCCUGGGACCGGCAGCGUGUACAACAGCAACUUCAGGUUUUCCUCAGGGAUCUGGAGUGGGGGCGUCAGCAGCAGCAGAGCCUCUUGAAGCGGCUACACUUCCGCAGGGUGGAGAAGGAUGUCCGAAAGACACUAAGGAUGCUCGAGAAGGACACUCCACCUCCGUCCACAGGAUAAAGCAAGUAGUCAGCAAAAGUCAAGAGGUGAAAAGGCAAUAGAUGUCAUCAGCAGUACUACAAGUUUGUAUUUGAAUGUAACUACAUUAGUCUAAGUUGGAGGUAUAGCAUCUUUUUUUCAUCCAGUCAGUAAUAUUUAUAAAGCAGCUUUUAUUAUAUGUCAUAACCCAAAUGCAGGACUCAGGCAGUAUGAGCUGAUCAAUAACUUCUUUAUUUUAGCUCGAAUGCAGGCGAAGAAACACACAACUAAACAUCACAGAACAAACUGAACAGAACUAAACAUCACAGAACAAACUGAACAGAACUAAACAUCA